AUGCGUCUCUUGACCGUCUCCGCUCUCUGCGCCAUCGUCCUCAUCGGAGCUUCGUUCGUCGCUGCCCAAGAUCCCCCAGCUGAAGAAGGUGCUGCUGAAGAACCCCCAGCUGAAGAAGGUGCUGCUGAAGAACCCCCAGCUGAAGAAGGUGCUGCUGAAGAACCCCCAGCUGAAGAAGGUGCUGCUGAAGAACCCCCAGCUGAAGAAGGUGCUGCUGAAGAACCCCCAGCUGAAGAAGGUGCUGCUGGAGAAGGUGCUUCUGAUCAAGCCGAUGCUGGUCAAGCUGAUGCUGAUCAAGCCGAUGCUGAUCAAAGCACUCCUGCUGCUCAAGGCGCUCCUCCUGCUCAAGGCGCUCCUGCUGCGGUAACCAUACAUUACUUUGUUGACCAUUCAACGAUUUUUUAUUUGAUGAGUAGUUUGUGAUUCUAAUCUAGGCUUUCAAAUCGUGAACUUGUAGAAAUAUCCAAACCGCAAACCCGAUAGUUAAGAUCACUAAAAAAGUUCGUUAAAAAAAUAAUGGACUCGAAAACCCACAUUUUUUUUUGCUGUUCUUUUCAAAUUUCUUAUUCUGAAGGCUCAGCACGUUCAGAAUACCAAUCCUCCGGCCGCACUUCCAUCAGAAGCCCCUGCAGCUACCGUCACCGAAGCUCCAUCUGAUGGUAAUUUUUCAAUUGAUCUGCAUAUUAGUCUUUAUAUUAUUCGUUUUAAACUCGAACCUUUUCUCAGGGAAAGGGCAUGAAUCUCGCGAUUCUGAAGACGCCGAGACGACGACAGAGAACGGAGUUGGACAAGUCGGCAUCGCCCUCUCGAUUGCUGCCGUCGUCUUUUUCAUUUGA